AGAAAAUAUUCGGCGCUUAUCAGAAGCCUCAUACUGGAUAAUGGAUAGAACUUUUAAAACAGUUCCAUCCAUUUUCUGUCAGUUAUAUACGAUCCAUGCACAGGUUGGUCCGGAAGCAAAUUCCAGGAUCUUUCCAUUAGUGUAUGCACUAAUGACAGGAAAAUCUGAAGAACUUUACAG